CCAUUAACUAGCCAGGAAACAUCUACAACAAUGAUGUCCUCACCCACAGAGCAACAAUCUACAUCUGCUACAAUGGUGACACCCACAGGAACAACCGACUUACUGGCCUCAACCUCAACAAAUACAGAAGAUAUAACCAAUUCACCCUCUACAUUCUCUCCAUUAACAACUCAUUUCACUCAAACAUCUCAUGAACAACAAACUGAAACAACACCAAAAAGUACCAGCACAAGUCAGCUUCCAUUAACUAGCCAGGAAACAUCUACAACAAUGAUGUCCUCACCCACAGAGCAACAAUCUACAUCUGCUACAAUGGUGACACCCACAGGAACAACCGACUUACCGGCCUCAACCUCAGCGCUCACCACAAAUGGAGUAACAAUAACUACCAGCACUGAUCAUUCCACAACAACAAUCAAUUCCCUCACAAAUACAGAAGAUAUAACCAGUUCACCCUCUACAUUCCCCCCAUUAACGACUCAUUUCACUCAAACAUCUCAUGAACAACAAACUGAAACAACACCAAAAAGUACCAGCACAAGUCAGCUUCCAUUAACUAGCCAGGAAACAUCUACAACAAUGAUGUCCUCACCCACAGAGCAACAAUCUACAUCUGCUACAAUGGUGACACCCACAGGAACAACCGACUUACCGGCCUCAACCUCAGCGCUCACCACAAAUGGAGUAACAAUAAAUACCAACACUGAUCAUUCCACAACAACAAUCAAUUCCCUGACAAAUACGGAAGAUACAACCAGUUCACCCUCAACAUUCCCUCCAUUAACGACUCAUUUCACUCAAACAUCUCAUGAACAACAAACUGAAACAACACCAAAAAGUACCAGCACAAGUCAGCUUCCAUUAACUAGCCAGGAAACAUCUACAACAAUGAUGUCCUCACCCACAGAGCAACAAUCUACAUCUGCUACAAUGGUGACACCCACAGAAACAACAGAAAUAACAGCCUCCACCUCUAUGCUCACCACAAAUGGAGAAACAAUAAUUACCAGCACUGAUCAUUCCACGACAACAAUCAAUUCCCUGACAAAUACAGAAGAUAUAACCAAUUCACCCUCUACAUUCUCUCCAUUAACGACUCAUUUCACUCAAACAUCUCAUGAACAACAAACUGAAACAACACCAAAAAGUACCAGCACAAGUCAGCUUCCAUUAACUAGCCAGGAAACAUCUACAACAUUGAUUUCCUCACCCACAGAGCAACAAUCUACAUCUGCUACAAUGGUGACACCCACAGAAACAACAGAAAUAACAGCCUCAACCUCAGCGCUCACCACAAAUGGAGUAACAAUAACUACCAACACUGAUCAUUCCACAACAACAAUCAAUUCCCUGACAAAUACGGAAGAUACAACCAGUUCACCCUCAACAUUCCCUCCAUUAACAACUCAUUUCACUCAAACAUCUCAUGAACAACAAACUGAAACAACACCAAAAAGUACCAGCACAAGUCAGCUUCCAUUAACUAGCCAGGAAACAUCUACAACAAUGAUUUCCUCACCCACAGAGCAACAAUCUACAUCUGCUACAAUGGUGACACCCACAGGAACAACCGACUUACCGGCCUCAACCUCAGCGCUCACCACAAAUGGAGUAACAAUAACUACCAGCACUGAUCAUUCCACAACAACAAUCAAUUCCCUGACAAAUACAGAAGAUAUAACCAGUUCACCCUCUACAUUCCCCCCAUUAACGACUCAUUUCACUCAAACAUCUCAUGAACAACAAACUGAAACAACACCAAAAAGUACCAGCACAAGUCAGCUUCCAUUAACUAGCCAGGAAACAUCUACAACAAUGAUGUCCUCACCCACAGAGCAACAAUCUACAUCUGCUACAAUGGUGACACCCACAGGAACAACCGACUUACCGGCCUCAACCUCAACGCUCACCACAAAUGGAGUAACAAUAACUACCAACACUGAUCAUUCCACAACAACAAUCAAUUCCCUGACAAAUACAGAAGAUAUAACCAAUUCACCCUCUACAUUCUCUCCAUUAACAACUCAUUUCACUCAAAUAUCUCAUGAACAACAAACUGAAACAACACCAAAAAGUACCAGCACUAGUCAGCUUCCAUUAACUAGCCAGGAAACAUCUACAACAAUGAUGUCCUCACCCACAGAGCAACAAUCUACAUCUGCUACAAUGGUGACACCCACAGGAACAACAGAAAUAACAGCCUCAACCUCAGCGCUCACCACAAAUGGAGUAACAAUAACUACCAGCACUGAUCAUUCCACGACAACAAUCAAUUCCCUGACAAAUACGGAAGAUACAACCAGUUCACCCUCAACAUUCCCUCCAUUAACAACUCAUUUCACUCAAACAUCUCAUGAACAACAAACUGAAACAACACCAAAAAGUACCAGCACAAGUCAGCUUCCAUUAACUAGCCAGGAAACAUCUACAACAAUGAUUUCCUCACCCACAGAGCAACAAUCUACAUCUGCUACAAUGGUGACACCCACAGGAACAACAGAAAUACAGCCUCAACCUCAGCACUCACCACAAAUGGAGUAA